AUUGAAGGGCUCAUCAGUUUCUCUCUCUUCUAGCAUAUAUAGCCAAACCAAGGUGCAUUAUAAUAGAAGAAGAUACAACAAAGGAACGGGAACUAUACCCAAAGGAGAAAACACUUUGAGAGAAUUAGGGGGAAGAGAAAAAGUUUUUAUUUUCCUCUUAUUGAAAAUCUGGUGCUAAGAAAAGCACUUUCAGAUUCAUUGAGAAGCCAAAAAUGGCUACUUUGUUGGGAAAGGUGCAGAAUGAUUUGAACUUGAAGGAGACUGAACUAUGCCUGGGUUUGCCCGGUGGUGGUGGUGGCGGCGGUGGCUCUGAUCAGGUGGAAACUCCAAGGUCCAAUGGGAAGAGAGGGUUCUCUGAGACAGUUGAUCUGAAGCUUAACCUUCAAUCCAAGGAAGAUCUGAAUGAUGAUGUGAAGAAUGUUUCAAAGGAGAAGACCCUCCUUAAGGACCCUGCCAAGCCACCAGCUAAGGCUCAAGUAGUUGGUUGGCCACCAGUGAGAUCAUACAGGAAGAACAUGAUGGUACAGAAGGUGAACAAUGAGGAUCAAGGCACUGAGAAGACAACAAGCAGCACUGCUGGUGGGGCAUUUGUCAAAGUUUCCAUGGAUGGAGCACCUUACCUUCGCAAGGUGGACUUGACAAUGUACAAAAGCUACAAAGAGCUGUCUGAUGCUUUAGCCAAAAUGUUCAGCUCCUUCACCAUGGGUAACUAUGGGGCCCAAGGAAUGAUAGACUUCAUGAAUGAGAGCAAGUUGAUGGACCUUCUUAACAGUUCUGAGUAUGUGCCAACCUAUGAAGAUAAGGAUGGUGACUGGAUGCUCGUGGGAGAUGUCCCAUGGGAGAUGUUUGUUGGGUCAUGCAAACGCCUGCGAAUAAUGAAAGGAUCAGAAGCAAUUGGUCUUGCACCAAGAGCCAUGGAGAAAUGCAAAAACAGAAGCUGAGCUGGUGUCAUAAUACAUAUCCAAUAUCAGAGUCCUGCACCAAAGUGGACCUAUAAAAAAGAUAUAUGAAGUGUUUGUUUAGUUUGGAUGUCUGUUUUUUUUUUUUUUCUUUCUUGUUCGUAUAUAGAUUCAACUUUAAUAUUAAGGAGCCUAAGCCUAUGGGGACAUUUGUAAUGGACAAGAAGCAAUAAACUUAACCUAUAUACUAGCCUGGCUUGUUUAUUGUGUGAUCCUUCCACUCUGUCAUGAUUGUUGUGUGCUAAGUCUCGUAUACCUUGAAUUUCAAUGCAUAUUUGAUAUUUUGUUCC